CCUCCUCCUCCUCACAUCAUCAUCAUCAUCAUCAUCAUCAACAACCUCCUUCUUUCUUAAAAACUUGAGAAAACAUUUUCGUGAGAACUUUACGUGCGUGUUGAAAAACAAGUAUAUAUAUAUAUAUAUAUAUAUAUAUAUGUAUGUACUAUUGGGAUAUACAUUUAGUGAAAGGUAUAUAUCGAUGAUAUCGAUUAUCAAAGUCCAGCAUUUUCUGGAAAUUAUUAUUUGAUUGUUUUUCGCGCGUGAUUUUUGAGUGCCUGAAGAAAAAAGGAAAAAAGAGAGAAAAGACGAAGAAGACGAAGAAGAAGAAAAAAAGAAACAACGAAGAAGAGCUUCGCAAACGGCCGAGAGAGGAAGGAACGCGCGCGGCCAUUAUUCGAAAUUCGGUUGGAUCGCGCGUUCGUGCGACGUUGCCAGUGUGGUUUUUGUUAGAGAAGACCGGGCGGCGCGAGUAUUUCAACGCGCUUUCGAGAGACACGACGAUUCCAAGAAGGAUAAUCAUCUAUCUUUCUCUCUUCUGUUGGGCGGUGGUGCGAGCAAGUAGACGACGGUAAUACGAUUAGAAAAGAAGUGAAAAAAGAAGAAGAAGAAGAAGAAAAAGGAAAAGAAGAAAAAAGUGAGAGAGAGGGAGAGAGAGAGAGAGUACGGUUUCUUUAUUUUUUCUUUUUUGUUUCCCUCCUUCUUUUUAUGUGUCCGGGUGAAAAGAAUUUCGAUUACGUCGGUUCGACGCGGGCUUUCGAACGACGACGUUUUGGAAGUGUUAACAGUAAUUUCGUGAGAACGAAUAGAAAGGGACAGAUUACCACGUGAUUCAGAGAGGGAAAAGAAUACAUUCUACGAAGUAUAUAUAUAUAUAUAUAUACAGAGCACUACGUACGCGAUAUUAUAUCGUGUCGUCGAGUAGAGAAAGAAAGAGAGAGAGAGAGAGAGAGCGACGUUGCCGCGCUCUAGAAAGAGCAACAACGAAAUAUGAGCGCACGAGUGUUGAAUCCGGCUAUGAUGACGGAAAUGAGUCGGAACAUAGGGGGAGGGCGAACGGUGCCGAGCAGAGCAGCUCUUGCGCGCGUUAGAAGGGAUCUCUUCGGUCCCGUCGACCAUGCCGCGGCUCGUGCAUUGGCCGAACGCGAGUUACGUGCACAAUCGUUGCUCGACAACGAACGUUGGGGAUUCGACUUUCACUUGGAAAUACCGAAAUCGAAUUCCCGAUACGAAUGGGAGAUUGUUACCGCCAAUGACGUCGUACCGGAACCUUAUGCCCUACGUGGUAUGCCGUAUUUGAGGAAACAUGCGCCUUCUACACCAAGAAAAAAACGAGAUGAGAAUGUGCAACAACAACAGCGAUCAUUGAUUAUCGCUAGUACUGGUGCUACUAGUACUACUACUAGUACUACUACUAUUACUACGACGUCUAUUCCUCCCCAACGAACGUUGAAUGGAACGACCAAUGUGAAAGUAGCGGCGUUGGCAGCAACAACAGCAGGAGCAACAGCAGCUACUGCGGUCGUUGUCGUUGCUGAUAUUUCAACGACGACGACGACGACAGCGACAACGACGAUGAUAGCAACAUUGCCAACGACAGCAACAACAGAUCCUUCUUCUCCCACCUCUCUACCUGCUAUCGUUGCCAAUGGAAAAUCAAAGAAAACGACAACGAUUGUUACUACUCCACAACGUACCGAAGACAAAUUGGUAUCCGUUGUUCUUCCAACCGACGAACUUCUCGAUGAGAAUACCGAUUCCGAAAGGACGCCACCUCAACGGGAACGAUCAAGGAUACCAGAGAUUGGCGAAAUUACGCCGAACGAGACCUCGUCCUACGAUAAUAAUUCGUACGAGAGUCCUAGGAAAAAGAAGAAGUACUCGAUCGAAUCUAAUAACACCAACAACACCAAUAACACCACCCCUGUAUUGCCGGCUAACACGAGGAAACAGUCGACGAUUACCCACUUCAUGAAGAGCCGUAAACGUAGCCUAAACGGUAGUACGAAGGGCGUAAUAGAACCACCGGAAAAGGUUGCACGUAAUGCUGGACAAAUACGCAGCUAAAGAGCCUUCGGCAUUCUCCUUCAGCCUCGCCAUUAAUUUUCUUCCAGUUUCCUUCGAUGGACCAGAACAAUAUAUCCACUUGUAAUAAAUAAAUUUGUAAACAACGGCAAUUUGCGAAACGAUUUGAAGAAGAAAUACGUGAAUGAGAACAAAACAUUGAGAAAAAGAAAAACGGGAACAACAAUUAACAACCACAACAAUAACAAUAACAAUAAUAAUAAUAAUAAUAAUAAUAAUAAUUAGAAUCAUAAUCAGUAUCAUAAAAGAACUCAUUUCGUUCUUUAAGGUGAGAAAAUAAUUAGAAAUUAUUGAAAUUGUAAUUUUAAGAUAUUGAAAGGUAUUGAAGAUAGUUAAGAUAAGAUAAGAUUAAGAUGAAGAUGAAGAUGAAGAUGAAGAUGAAGAUGAAGAUGAAGGGACAUACACAUACACUUGAAGAAAAAGUUAAAUUAGGGCGAGGUCCUUUAGGCUGUGCCAUUCUCACAUAGAUUUUAUCCCCAGCCCACGAAUACGUCGGCAAAAAGAAGAAAGUAAUGACAAAGACGAAAAAAACAAAAACAAACAAACAAAUAUAAAAUACGAACACAUAAAAACGAAACGAACACGCGAAAAAUUAGUAAACGAAA